AUGGGGCUAGACCGGCGGGAGACCGGAGUGGCUGCCCAUCCCCACCGAGGCAGUGGCAGAGGGGCUCGACCGGCGGAUAUGACCGGAGUUGGCUUGCCCAUCCCCACCGAGGCAGGCAGAGGGGCUGCCGGACCGGCGGAGACCGGAGUGGACUUGCCCAUUCCCCACCGGGAAGGCAGGCAGAAGGGGCUCGACCAGGCGGAGACCGGGAGUGGCUUGGACCAUCACCCCACCGAGGCAAAGCAGAAGGGUCUUCGAACCGGCGGAGACCGGAGUGGCUGCCAUCCCCACCGAGGCAGGCCAGAGGGGCUCCGACCGGCAAGAAGACCGGACAGUGGCUGCCCAUCCCCACCCCCGAUGGCAGGCAAGAGGGGCCUCAACCGGACCGGCGGAGACCGGAGGUCCAACGAUGGCUGCCCAUCCCCCACGAGGCAGGCAGAGGGGCUCGACCCGGAGGAGACCGGAGUUGGGCUUGCCCAUCCCCACCAAGGCAGGCAGAGGGGUCUCGACCGGUCGGAGACCGGAGUGGCUGCCCGACCGGCGCGGAGACCGGAGUGGCUUGCCCAUCCCACCCCACCGAGGCAGGCAGAGGGCUCGACCGGAGGAGACCGGAGUGGCUGCCCAUCCCCACCGAGGCAGGCAGGGGGCUCGACCGGCGGAGACCGGAGUGGCUGCCCAUCCCGCCGAGGCAGGCAGAUGGGCUCGACCUGCGGUGACCAGAGUGGUCUGUCCCAUGCCCCACCGAUGCAGUCACCCCCCACAACCACCCACUGGCAGAGGGGCCUCGGACCUGGCGGAGACCAGAGUGGCUGGCCCAUCCCCACCGCUGCAGGCAGAAGGGCUCGACCUGCGGAGACCAGAGUGUCCUGGCCCAUCCCCCCCCACCGAUUGCAGGCAGAGGGGUCCUCGAACCUGCGGAGAGGAGAACCAGAGUGGCUGCCCCUCCACCCCACCGAUGCAGGCAGAGGGGCUCGAAUCGCCGGCGGAGACCAACAGUGGCUGCCCAUCCCGCCCCACCGGAGGCCGGCCAGAGUGGGGCUCGACCCAGCAGAGACCAGAGGUAGGUCUGCCCAUCCCCACGCCGAAUGCAGGCCAAGAGGGGGCCCUCGACCUGCGGAGACCCAGAGUGGGCUGGCCACCCAUCCCCACCGAUGCAAGGCCAGAGGGGCUCGACCAUUGCGGAGACCAGAGGUGGCUGGCCCUAUCCCCACCGAGCAGGCAGAGGGGCUCGACCUGCGAAAAUAG